AACCCUGGUGCAAUAGGGGAGCCGCCCAGCAGGUUUUUCUUCUUAGCCUACUCCAGGGCCCUGAGCUGUUCUGUCUCCACCUUGCACAAGCUGGGCACUCCUAGGCUCACUCACUCAGUUGGUGUGCUUCUGCCAGGCACCAGAGCAAAGAUGUCCAGCAUCUUUGCCUACCAGAGCUCCGAAGUGGAUUGGUGUGAGAGCAAUUUUCAGCAUUCGGAACUGGUGGCUGAGUUCUUCAAUACGUUCAGCAAUGUGUUCUUUCUUAUCUUUGGACCCCUCAUGAUGUUCCUCAUGCACCCAUACGCCCAGAAGCGUACCUGGGCCAUCUAUGGCAUCUCAGUCCUUUUCAUGGCCAUAGGUGUGUUCUCCAUGUAUUUCCACAUGACCCUCAGCUUCAUGGGGCAGAUGCUGGAUGAGAUCUCCAUCCUGUGGUUACUGUCCAGUGGCUACAGCGUGUGGCUGCCCCGUUGCUACUUCCCCAAGUUCGUCAAGGGGAACAGAUUCUACUUCAUCUGCCUGGUAGCUAUCACCACUGUGAUCAGCACUUUCUUGUCGUUCGUGAAGCCCACGGUCAAUGCGUACGCCCUCAACAGCAUCGCCAUCCACAUCCUCUACAUUGUGCGCCAAGAGUACAAAAAGACCAGCAAUGGGGACCUUCGUCAUAUGAUUGAGAUAUCUGUGGUCUUAUGGGCCUCUGCACUGACCAGCUGGAUCAGCGACCGUAUGCUUUGCAGUUUCUGGCAGAAGAUUCACUUCUUCUACCUGCAUAGCAUUUGGCAUGUCCUCAUAAGCAUCACCUUCCCCUAUGGUAUAGUGACCAUGGCCCUGGUGGAUGCCGAGUAUGAGAUGCCAAAUCAAACCCUCAAAAUCCACUACUGGCCCCGGGAUAGUUGGCCCAUUGGGCUACCGUAUGUGGAGAUCGAGGACAGUGACAAGAGCUGCUGAGCCCUGCUGGAGUUUUUGCUCUGUGACCAGCCACCAAGUCUCCUAUGUUCUGAGGACCGAGGACAGGUGUAGGCUCGGUUUUCUUAACCAA